AUGUUGCUGCAGGAAUGCCCAACAGGCAGGAUGCGAGUAGCGAAAUUCAAGAAAAUGUUCGGCACUUAUUUGCCGGCGCGCCUUAACGAUGAAUACAUCCUGAGGUUAUUCACAGCAUUUGCUAAUGGCAAAGAAGAAAUGACUUUUCAGGAUCUUAUGGAAUCCUUAGCCUUGCUUUGCAUCCCGACACCGGAAACGAAUGCUGUCUGGACAAUACGGAUGAUAAAGGGUUACGAUGCUGAUGCUAUCACACAAACAGUAUGA